CUCAAACACAGAACCAGGAAACUCAGUUACGAGAAACUGAACUGAUGUGCUGUUGAGCUGUUGUUAGUGUCUCUAUGUUGCUGUAGGUGCAGUGAAAUGGCUGAAGCUAGUGUUUUUUCAUUGGAGCAGUUCAUCUGUCCAGUGUGUCUGGAUCUCCUGAAGGAUCCAGUGACCAUUCCCUGUGGACACAGUUACUGUAUGAGCUGCAUUACAGACUGCUGGGAUCAAGAGGAUCAGAAGAGAGUCUACAGCUGCCCUCAGUGCAGACAGACCUUCAGUCCAAGACCUGCCUUAAGUAAAAACACCAUGCUGGCUGAAGUGGUGGAGAAACUGAAGAAGACCAAACUAAAAGCUGCUGUUCCUGCUGGAUCUGGAGACGUGGAGUGUGACAUCUGUACUGGAAGAAAACACAAAGCUGUCAAGUCCUGUCUGGUGUGUCUGGAGUCUUACUGUCAAACUCAUUUUGAGCGUCAUGAAGAGUUUCGCUCAGGAAAGCGACACAAAGUGACUGAUGCCACUGGACGACUGCAGCAGAUGAUCUGCCAUCAACAUGAUAAACUUCUGGAGGUUUUCUGUCGUACUGACCAGCAAUGUGUUUGCAUGUUGUGUGCAAUGGAUGAACAUAAAAACCAUGAGACUGUAUCAACUGCAGCAGAGAGGACAGAGAAAGAGAAACACUUGAAGGAGACACAGAGUGAAAUCCAGCAGAGAAUCCAGCAGAGACAGAAAGAUCUUGAGCAGCUGAGAGCGGCUGUGGAGUCUCAUAAGCGCUCUGCACAGACAGCAGUGGAGGACAGUGAGAGGAUCUUUACUGAGCUCAUCCGCUCCAUUGAGAGAAGCCGCUCUGAGGUGACACAGCGGAUCAGAGAUCAGGAAAAGGCUGCAGUGAGUCGAGCUGAAGAACAAAUGGAGCGACUGGAGCAGGAGAUUGAUGAUCUGAAGAGGAGAAACACUGAGCUGGAGCAGCUUUCACACACAGAUGAUCAUAUCCAUUUCCUCCAGGUAACAGAGAUCUAG